GAACGUUUCGACUUUUGAAAUUGAGGUUAAGUUUUGCAUCAUUCCAUUCAAUCUAUUUUUCUACAUCCAACUUACAACAAGGUUGAAUUAACUAUUGUGAAUUUGUAGGACCGAACAUAAUUCUUACCACUUUUCAAUUGUUGGGUUGUUCAAUUGUAAUUACCAGUGUAAAUUCAAAAGCAACACUCAACUUCUUAUGAACAACAUUUUACACCUUGUAAUGCAGCCUAGGACUUAUUGAGGCCGUGGCCCCGCCCCCGCAGUGGAGGGGAGGGGCAUGUCGCCGUCGCCACAGCCACUACAGUGACAAUCGCGACGACGCGCUAUGGAGACGAAGAUCGCAAUGGCAGUGGCCGGGCCUCCCGACGGCGGCGCGCGAGCAUGGCUCGUGAUGCUUGCAAGUUUCUUCUGCAACGGAGUCAUCUUCGGCGUGAUCAAUUGCUACAGCGUGAUCUACGUGGAUCUGCAGAAGAGGCUUGACGAUGAAGGAGUCUCCGACUCGUCAAGUAAAGCAGCACUUGUUGGCUCUCUAACGAUUGGAACAACUUUUUUCCUGUCACCGAUCGCUGGAAUUCUAACAGACAAGAUCGGGAUUCGUUUGACGACGUUCAUCGGAGGAUUGCUGGCUACUGGGGGGAUGUUUUUAUCAUCAUUCUGUACGCACAGUGUGUACCUACUAUACGUCACCUAUGGUGUAGUGUUUGGAGUAGGGGCGUCUCUUGCGUACACCCCGUCCCUGGUGAUUCUAGGGCACUACUUCCACCGCUACAUGGGGUUGGUCAACGGGUUUGUCACUGCUGGUAGCUCCGUCUUCACCAUGGUUAUGCCGUAUCUGAUAGAUAUGCUGCUGAAACGCUGUGGACUCGACGUAUGUCUCAGGGUACUGGCGCUGCUGAUGUGUGUGAUCAUGGGCAGUGCGCUGCUCUACAAGCCUCUGAACCACAAGCCAGCUGAGGCGAGGGAAAGUCAGCUGAAAUCUUUACUCAACACAGACAUCUGGCUGCAGCGAAAGUAUGUCAUUUGGGCGCUCGCUAUCCCCGUCGCUCUCUUCGGCUACUUCGUACCCUACGUCCACAUGGUGAAAUUUGUCGAUGACAGAUUUCCAAGUGGAGAUGGAAAAUCAUUGGUUUUCUGCAUUGGUAUUGCUUCCGGAACAGGAAGACUUGUUUUUGGACGAAUCGCUGACAACCGUAGAGUCAACAGGGUAUUUUUACAACAGAUAUCGUUCCUGUCCAUCGGUGUGUUGACCAUGCUGAUGACGGUAACGCCCAGUUUCCUGCUGCUUCAGCUGAUUGCCCUAGGCAUGGGUCUGUUUGAUGGCUGCUUCAUCAGCCUGCUGGGACCGAUAGCCUUUGACCUGGUUGGUCAGGAAGGCGCAGGUCAGGCCAUCGGCUUUCUGCUAGGGUUCUGCAGUAUCCCUCUCACCAUCGGCCCUCCCAUCGCGGGAUGGAUCUACGACCAGACCAAGUCGUACACAACCCCCUUCCUGCUCGCAGGAGUCCCACCGAUAGUGUGUGCGUUUGUCUUGUGUCUGGUUCACUACGUCCCCAACCAGCGACGUUCGCCCGAGGAAAACCAAAAAGACGACUCAAAGAAUAAGACUGAAGAAGUUCCCGAAUCAACGGAAUUCAACGCCCUUCUACAUAUCAAUACAAACGAUAAAGAAAUCUGUAGAUAGUUAGUGCCUUUUAUUUAUGAAUAGUAUUAAGUAUAUUUUAUUUUUACAUGUGUUUUUAAUAAUGUAGACUGUUAAGUAUUAUCGUUGACUAUAGAUUUCAAACGUAGACGUACCCUCACUAUUGUAACGUCUGAAGCUAGGUUAUGUGUCUAUUUGAUCUCUAGUGACACCAGAGUUCUUCUUUAGGAAAAAGUAGGCUAUGGCUGUUUACAAUGUAUAUUGGUCAAAUCAAAAUGUUACACAUGUUACAGAAUAAUAAAUUGUUUAGGGAAUUUUUCGUUCUGCCUCAAUUAGUUAAAUAGUAGUCAAAUAGUGGUUUACGUUAGGAAUCCCUGGUGUUUUUAGACUUCAAAUCACACACUUGGCUCAGUUAACGUAUAAGGAUGAGAAAUCUAUGUGGAAGUUUGUUUAAUCUAUGGUAUUACGAAUCUCUAAUUAGUGUAGAAGUUUGUUAUUUUGGUUUGAUUAACCAAGUCUCUUUGUUUAUAGUUCAACUUAUAAUAAACUCCAUGUUGCCAUAUGUUUGCAUUUGCAGUAUGAAGGAUGUUUUUCCAAAAAAGGAUCAUGUUUUUGAUCGAGUUCCUAUUUAAUAUCUUUAAUUGUUACUAGGUAAAAAACUAACGAACCAGAGAUCUCUUAAUAUUUUACACUGUCCUAAUUAUUUAAUUGUUUCGAAAAUAAUAUCAGUAUUGUAUCAGUUAAGUUGAUAUUUUGUGUAUAUCUACACCUUUGUAAUUUUUUACGGUAUUUGUAAGGGAACGGUCUACACCCUGGUCUUGUGACUAUCUUACCCCAAAAAUUUUCAUUAUUGAUAGCGCAAUAACAAAAUGACAAAUGGAAUCUGGGUCCAGAACGAUCUCGUUUGGAGUCAAAACAGUGAUUUAGAUUUCUUCUAUUCUUUGGUAUUACUUUUACGGACCAGUUAAAACGAUCAAAUUGACUGGCUGGGUAGCAAGUUAUAGUGCUCGCCAAACAAUCAAAAAGUUGCCGGAUCAGUCCUGAGAAACUUCUUGAUGGUUGGAAAGAUAGACCCAGCUGUUCCUGAUCAUUGGACAAAAGAUCAUGGCUAAUGAAACAGCUGAUCUGAGUCAGUAAUAAAGCUACACAGAUCUUUCAUUCUACAUUCAUCCUUUAAUUAUGUUUGGGUUAAAUAUGCACCUAGAUGGCGUCCCUAAUUCAAUUGAUAAUGUUGAAAUUCUAACAGCUAGCCAUUUGUGACUUAUACAGGGUGGAAAAAAGUUCCGAGACAGUAAAGUAUUUAAAACAAUAAUCGAAGUAGAGCUACAAAACUUUGUAAUCAACCUAUGCUUACAUUUAAGAUUUUCUUCUGACUCCUAGAAUCACCCUAUCACCCUGAGGAAGUUGUGUAUCCCUGAAUAAUGUGUUGAGAUGAUUUUAAUGCCCAGUAACUGCGUACCAAGUUUUGUAGCUCUAUCUUAUUUUUUGAAAUAUAAUAUUUAAAAGAGUUUUUUUAAACUUACUGUCUUAGGACUUUUUUCACCCUAUAUUUGAUUCUUUAGAGAUUCAGGACCAUUGCAUCAACUUUCAUUGAACCAUUUUUCAACUUUUGAUCUAGUCCUCAAUCAUUCCACCGUAAAAGGAUUUCAUCCUAUUCUUUGUUCUUAUUGUUGUUACCUCAAUUCAUUUUUAGCCAUAUUAUAUAAAUUUUUUUGCUCAGUAGUUAAUUUAUUUGCAAUGAGAGAUCAAUUUUAACAGUGGAAAUAAUACAGUCUUGCUUUAUUUAAUGUAGCAAGAAUUAAGACAAUUCUUUCAGAAAUAAGCAAAAAAGUCAUCGUAACAAUAGAAAAUUGUUAUUUAGUCCCUUGGUAGUUAAAUUACCUCUAAGCCAAAGUUUAGCAUUGUUUUUUCUUUUAGCUCAAGAUCGCUUGAUAUUGAAAGUGCAUUCUUGAAUGUUUGUAAUUUUUUCUGACUUAGUAUCUUCAAAUCAAAACACAGUACAGUAGUACAAUUUAGUAUUUUGUGCACGUCUAAAAUACCAAUAGACUUCAGGAUUUAGAAAUCAAGCAAUAAUAGUUUUAACCAUGCCACGGGUUUAGAAUACAUUUGAGAUUAACUUUAAUCCUUCAAGCCCCAGAUAGCACCAUGUAUAUUAUACAGUUUUUAUGCGUUUUUAUUGAGUUAUGCUCACAUAAAUGCAUUCAAGAGUUAACCAUUUGCAUACAGAAAUAAGUUACAAAGAAAACUAUAGCUUAUGGGGCUAUUGUACGUUUUCUAAUAUCAACAAAGAAGAGUCCCAACCGGUUUGCAGUGUGCGGACUAUCGUGCAGAUGUUUAACUUGGAAAAUAGUGUGAGGAGGGUUAGGAGAAAUGAAUCAUGUUAGAGACACCAGUGACUAGUGCUAGACACCAGUGACUAGUGCUAGACACCACAUAAGUGUACAAUUUAGUGUUUCCUCUGUCAUUAACUUCUCUGUGGCUUUUGUUAAGUUAUACAGUGUUUUUAUGUUUGGGGCUUAAAUAUAAAAUAGAGUAUUUUGUAAAAUUUACAGAUAAAACUUAUCAGAAAUGUGUUGUGUUUUUUAAUGUUAAAAUUACAUUGAGUGAAGGUAAAUAUGUUUUUUCAGUAUUCUAUAUUUUAUUUAAAUGCAUGAUUAGCUUACUAUUGAUUAAUUUCCUCUUUUACUUAAGAUCUAGGAAAUGAUACCGGUAUUGUAUUUUCUCUAUAGCAAAAUGUUUUAUUCUGUCACAAUGUUCCUGUUUUAUUAUCAACUUAAAAUCACGUAACAUAGAUAAAUGAUUCCAGUACUUCCCCAUUUUGUAUUUUGAAAAUAUUAAACUUUAACUGUAAAUGAAUACGUUUUAUAGUCCACACUUAACAAUUAUGAUUUUAUUCUAAUUAUUGCUCAAAUUAAUAGACAAAUUAUUUCAAGAUUUAUAUAAUGGCAAUACAGUAUAAGUAAUUAUAAACUAAUGAUACAAAAAUGUUAUUAAGUACAAUUUUUCUUUUUAAUUGUUACUGAUAUGAAUGAUUUAUCACUUCAAUUCCCUGUAAUUCCCUGUGCCUUUUAAAUAGUUUAAGUGAUGUUAAGAAUUAAUUAUAUUUGAAUGUUUAAACAUUAUUUCUCCUAACUGAAACAAUAAAGACUUUGAGCCAGGGACCAAAAAAUAUAAACAAAUAAAUGUUGAUUUUAUAUUUUUAUUUUUCAUGGUUACAUAUUUUUGCCACAAAAUACAGCUGUCAACUGUGUCAAUUCAAUGCAAAAAAGUAAAGAAAUUGUGUCAAUUGUUUGUGUCUCUGGCUCAUUGACUAAAAUGAGUGUCAAGUCUGUUGCCUGUAUGCAAUGUGUUAAUACAGAUAACAUUUUUAGACCAACUUUUAUUAAGUCAGCAUUACCAAAUAUAACAAAAAGAGGGUAAAAAUAUUAAAAUGGACAUAUAUUUCUCUGUGAAACACCCAUAUACACUUGGUCACUAAAUUAAUCAUAGGAUUAAUUUUUUUAACAGAAAUUAAACAACCGGAAAAAUUAAAUUGCAAUGGCUCUAGCUUUUGUAGCUGAGAAUCUGAUAUUACAAUACCCUGUUAGUUAUUUUUUAUAUUGUUCUGCAAUGAGAAAUAUAAAUUUAAUAUUAAUAUAAUAAUAAUAUUAAUAGAAUGUGCAGCGUUAAAAAUAUACAACGGGAUUUAAAAACUUUAAAGAAAACAACAAUGUAAAUUAAUUUGUUUUUUUAUUUCCAAAGCCACUAUUUUUUUGGAGCGAGCUGGUCUAGUGGUUAGAGCGUGGGACUUCGGUUGCAGAGGUCCCGGGUUCAAAUCCCGCCAAAUCACCAAUGGAUUUUAUCCAUGUGAUAAUGCCGCAACCCCUAGGUCUACCAUGAAGUAAUGUGAAAAACAGUUCUGGGCUCGUGUCUAGCGUCCAAGGACAAAAAAGCCACUUUUACCAGUAAAUCUCUUCCGAAAUCUAAAAUUCCAAGGAAACAAAGUCCUGAGUUUUAGAUUUAAUUUUUAGAGUUUACCCUUUUUAAAUAUAAUUUAAAAUAUAGUCAGCUUAGUAUUGUUUUACUCAAUCAGUAAUUUGAUGUAUAAUUUAGUAAAAAUCUUUUAUUUGGUAUAAAUUAAAAUAUUGUUUUUGAAUUUCAACCAAUAAGUGUAAAAUAUAUAUACUUUUCUUUUAGUACUUUGCUAUAAGUAUAAAAAGCCAUAAGAAAAUCUUUCAAUACAAAAUAAUCAUUCCAGAUUUUAAAAAAAAGUUUGAAUAAGGAGUCUUUGGUACUUACUUAAAUAUUUAAAUUUUGUUAAGAAUAAGUUGUAAUUUUUUUGACCACUUUUUAAAAACUUCACUUUUUAGGUUUUCCACUUUUAUACUCUAUUUUAUUACACAAAACAAAAAAUUAAACCAUGUAAUUGCUAUUUUAUUAUAUGCAUUAUUAUUUUUUGAACUAUUUAUUUAAUAAUAAGUUUAGUUUGAAAAUUUAAGUUUUGCUACACUAACUUUUAUAAAACAGUUGAUAGCUGUUUUGUAACCCACCAAACUAUUCUCUGUUUGUACUG